AUGAAGAGCCUGUUCAAGAGUAAGAUCAGGUGGCAGCACCGGUCCAACGACCCCGCGUCCCCGGCGGGGCAGCCGCCGCAGCAGGCGUCGGGCCCGCCGUCGCCGUCUUCCGCGAGCUCCCCGUCGGGGACGGCGCCGGCGCCGGCGCUCUCCGUCUCGACGGCGGCCUCCUCCUCGCCUCCCUCCGCGGCGGCGACGCCCCCGCCCGCGGGGGCGGGAGCGGGAGGGGAGGACUACAUAUCGUCCGAGGAGGAGUUCCAGAUGCAGCUGGCCAUGGCGCUGUCCGCGUCUUCCAACGGCGAUUGCGUGGGGAACUUGGACGGGGAGCAGAUCAGGAAGGCCAAGCUCAUGAGCCUCCAUCGCUUCGCCGCCCACCGCGACGAGACUCACACCGCGGAGUCGCUCUCCCGCCGAUAUUGGGACUAUAACUUUCUUGAUUAUCAUGAGAAAGUUAUUGAUGGCUUCUAUGACAUCUUUGGCUCCUCUAUGGAAUCCUCUAAGCAGGGAAAGAUGCCAUCAUUAGCAGAUCUCCAAACAGGCAUAGGGGACCUAGGCUUUGAAGUCAUUGUAGUAAACCGAGCCAUUGAUAGUACCUUGCAGGAGAUGGAGCAAGUGGCACAGUGCAUCCUGUUGGACUUCCCUGUUGCCAAUAUUGCACUCUUAGUGCAAAGAAUAGCUGAGCUUGUUACAGAUAAUAUGGGUGGACCUGUCAAAGAUGCUAACGACAUGCUCACAAGGUGGCUGGAGAAGAGUACUGAGCUGAGAACCUCGCUACAAACAAGUUUGUUGCCUAUUGGUUGCAUCAAGAUAGGGCUAUCACGUCACCGUGCCCUACUUUUCAAGAUCCUUGCAGAUAGUGUUGGGAUUCCAUGCAAACUUGUCAAAGGGAGCAAUUAUACUGGUGGUGAUGAUGACGAUGCUAUAAACAUAAUUAAGAUGGACAAUGAAAGGGAGUUUUUGGUUGAUCUGAUGGCUGCUCCUGGUGCUCUUAUUCCAGCAGAUAUCUUAAGUUGGAAAGGCAAUUCGUUAAAUUCUAAUCGAAAACUCGCCCUGAAUCAAACAGCUGGAUCAUCGAGUACUGUUGAUGCUAAUAUGGAUCCUACUGUUUUGCCACUUGAACCUAAAGGUGGCCAACUGCCUUUGUUCAGCAGUGGUGAUUGGAUAUCAGAUAGUGGUUCUGGAUAUGAGGCAGCAGAAACUGCAGCUUCUACUCAAACCUCUUCGGGUGUCACAUCAUCUGUUCCUGCUGGAAGUGUUUUUGACGGUUCAUGGAUGCUGGUUAAUCAUGACCAAUCAGAUGGACCAUCAACUUCUGCCGGUACAUCAUCCCAGCAGAAAGUUGUACCGCAAAACGAACAUCAGCGGAAUUUAAAUCGCCUUCCAGAUUUGCAGGAAAUUCCAGAGUCAAAUAACCUUUUUGCUGACCUUAAUCCUUUUGGUGAUAUGAAGUCCAAGAAAACUUCAGUACCAUUCAAAGGACCAGAUCAUAGGAACAAUGAGUUGCAAAAGCGCAGAGAGAACAUAGUCCCUAAUGCUGGAAGACCACAGCAGCGGUUAGUUAUGAAGAAUUGGUCUCCUUACAAUGAUGUUUCCAACAACAAACAGUACAAUUAUGUCGAGGAUUCGUUUGCUCGUAGAAAUGUUGGCGAUAAUGCUACAUCAUCAUCAUCCCAGAUGCCACGACCAGCCGCAAGGUCUAAUCUUAAUUCUGGAUUGCGUAAUGAUGCAUCAUAUCAUAAUUAUGAUAGUAUUAUGGCUGGUACCUCUGCCAUGAAGAUUACAUCUACAGCUGAGACUGGGAAGGUUCCUGAAAGGGUUCUGCGUGGUGAUUUGGACAAAGGUCAAACAAAUUAUAGACUGGAGGAUCAACAUGUCGUAGUUCAACCACCACAGGAAAGACUUCCAUGGGGUAAUCCUGCAGAAGGAAGAGUUCCAAUGAAUAGAGUUCAGAGUCAAGCAAAACAACAUAUUGAAAACAUGGAUAUUCAUGGAAACGUCAUUGCCAUCAAGAAACAUGGACAUGAGGUCACAGGGCUUGACUUUGAUGAUGUGUCUGAGUGCGAAAUUCCUUGGGAAGAUCUUGUGGUUGGUGAAAGGAUUGGCUUAGGUUCAUAUGGAGAGGUUUACCGUGCUGACUGGAAUGGAACGGAAGUAGCUGUAAAAAAAUUCUUGGAUCAAGAUUUCUAUGGUGAUGCUCUGGAUGAGUUUAGGAGUGAAGUCCGAAUUAUGCGUCGGCUGCGCCAUCCAAAUAUUGUUCUCUUUAUGGGUGCUGUUACACGCCCUCCGAACUUAUCUAUUGUAUCUGAAUAUCUUCCAAGGGGAAGCUUGUAUAAGAUCCUUCACCGCCCUAAUUGCCUAAUUGAUGAAAAGCGGAGGAUCAAGAUGGCCCUUGAUGUGGCCAAAGGCAUGAAUUGCCUGCACACUAGUGUACCUACAAUUGUUCAUCGAGAUCUGAAAUCUCCAAACUUGCUGGUUGACAAUAAUUGGAAUGUAAAGGUCUGCGACUUUGGACUUUCACGGUUGAAGCACGGUACAUUUUUGUCAUCCAAAUCCACUGCUGGAACACCUGAGUGGAUGGCACCUGAGGUUCUGCGGAAUGAACAAUCGAAUGAAAAGUGCGACGUUUACAGCUUUGGUGUCAUCUUAUGGGAGCUGGCAACACUUAGAAUGCCAUGGAGUGGGAUGAAUCCAAUGCAAGUUGUGGGGGCAGUUGGUUUCCAGGAUAGACGGCUUGAUAUUCCCAAGGAAGUUGAUCCUCUGGUAGCAAGGAUCAUAUUUGAAUGCUGGCAGAAGGAUCCAAAUUUGCGCCCGUCAUUUGCACAGUUAACAAGUGCCCUGAAGACUGUUCAAAGACUAGUGACCCCUUCUCACCAGGAGGUUGAUAAUCCUAAUGUGGCUGCUAAUUCUGAUGUGGCUGCUAAUCUUGAUGGAGAUGGUAAUCCUGAGGUUGAUGCUAAUCCUGAAGGUGAUGAUAAUAAUGAGGAUGAUACUAAUGCUGAUGAUGACCGGGAGAGUCUGAUGAAAUUGAGUAUGUAG